GGGCAGUUACAACAGCUAUGACUCGAGGAGUCGCGAUAAGUUCCCGUCGCGCUAUGAAAAUCGUCACGAUGGGAAGAGAUCUUACAGAGACAGCUCCCGAGACCGAUCAGAUGACCGCAAACGUCCACGUCAAGAGAAUAUAGAAAAGUAUAAAAUAUUAGCGAAAAAUAUAACCAAAAUAUAAAACAAUGCUCUAUGAAAAGCUUAGAUUGAGCAAAGUAAAAACUAUACUAUACAAAAAAGUAAAAAAGGAUCGACAAAACGCCGCAUCCUUGACUUUGACCAAAAAAUGAGUUUUAUCUAGCGAAAGCAAGAAAAUGUAAGCAAGUUAAAAUAUACUCUACUCUACUCGUACAUCAUCAAAAACAAACUAAGACUGAAGAACUGAUCUGAAUUAAAAAAAAAAAAAAAACGCAGAAUACCAAUCAGUCCCAUAUACAAAUGCCCCCAAAAAAAGCAUACGUGUUAUAUUUUUUGAAAGCAAUUCUACUUUCAAAUCAUAUCUUUUUACAUUUCCAAAAUAUAUAAAAGCCCACUGAGAGCUAAAACAAAUCUUUAAAUGUGAAAUGUUGAGCAUCGUUCUUUGCUGUGACAAACUUUUCUCCAAUCCACAUUUAGGAGUAAAAUUCUUAAAUAUUAUUAGCCGAUUGGAGACUAUCUUGCAUCCUCUCUAUUAAAAAAAAAAAAUUAACAAAAAUAAAAUGCGAAUAAACUGAAUGAAAAACAAACAAACAAACAUUUCCUCCUCCCCUUUGUUACACAGGACUCAAGGAUAAGUUCGAACUAUGCCAGCGGCUCAUCAUCAUACCGCAGUCGCAACGACUCGAGUCGCAAUCGCGCCAGUUCGCCCAGCGGUGGUAGUUACCAAGGACGCGGAUCAUCUGCGUCCUACCGUCGUGGUACGAGAGAAGACUCGGCCGGCAGACGGCACGGCCCAAAUGAUUCCAUGGGACCCCCAAAGCGUCCCGCACGUAGCAGCUAUGUAGUACGUCCGCGCGGCAGCGGCCAAAUCAAUCGCCUACGAGGCACAGGAGCCAACCGCGGCGGCAUGCGUGUAGUCCGCAAAGAGUCAUCCGACAUGAGAAUCAUGCGCAGACAACUAAUUCUGGCACGUCAAAGAGAUCGUGCGCGAUUAAUGAAAAUCGCCCGACUAACGAGUUCGUUGCGCAAGCGUAAAGGUCCACGUUCAUCUGAGAGUCCAAGUCGCCGUAGCAAGUCACGUGGCGCUGACAAAAAAUCAGACAACGAAGAGGAGGAAGAGGAUGAAGAGUUAAUGGACGAGGAUGCGAUGAUCGAAGAGGAUGAUGAUCAAGAUGGCAAACCGAAAGAACAGCGUGCCAAAAAGAAAUCCAAAUCAUCGUCUUCUUCGGCAAAGAAAGAGCCUGCCGAAGGAGAUGAUGCUGUCGACGAUGAAGAAAAUGGUAAGGAUAAGGAUGCCGAUGACGACGACGCCGAGGGUGCAUCAGAUAAAGAGGAUGAUGAGAAUGAGCUUGAUAAGUCGGUUAAAAAAGAAUCGACGGGGGCAAAUGAUGAAGAAGCUGAAGAAGAAGAUGGUGAUGGUGAAACCAAGGAAGGUAAGAAUACGUCGGUAACGGCAAAGAGCGCAGAUGGCGCUGCCGAUGAAGUUGGUAAGGAAAAUGAAUCAGGUACAAAAGUUAAGAAAGAUAAAGACCGCAAAGAUGACAAGGAUAGCAAAGAUAGAAAUCGCAGUAAGCGCAGCCGAUCCCCACCAAAGAGAUCUAGAUAUAUUAAGCUGUCUUGUGUUCAUUGUCAUAUGAAUUGUCGUACUUUUAAGGAGUAUCACAGCCAUUUAUUCUCAAGAACUCACAAAAUGGCCAUGCGUCGAGUGGCUAUCCGCCAGCGGGUGACUCUUGCUCGUAUGCGCACCCAACAACGUCAUGCUCAGCGCGCCAUCGAUGAGAAAUACAAAGACGCCGAAGAGCAACAGUUUUGCAUGUUGUGUCGGCUGAAUUACCGUCAACCUAAAGCCAAGCAUCAAUUGUCCGAACAUCACAAGGACAUGAAGAAGUUCUUGAUGCCCUAUUGCUCGUACUGUCAUUUGGCAUUCAAGAGCCCAAUGCUCUACGAGGCACAUCGUUGUGCUUUGGAACACAUUCGGCGCAAGGCUCGCAGCAGUGACAAUCAGAGCGAAGCUAGUGGCACUGAAGAGAAGGAAGUCGAUUUAAAGAACUUCUUGACUGUCGACUCUGUUGGCGAAAUUGACGAUCUGGACUUGGAUGAAGAUUUAGAGGAUAAUUUAGAUGAAGAUCCAAAUAAAGAAAAGAGUCCAGUUGGAUCGCAAUUUGUCAAGAAGAUUGAAGCCUUCUAUUGUGAACUGUGCCGUACAUACAACAGUAUCAAAGAAGACGAAGAAGCAUACAUUAAACAGCAUUGCAGUUCACGUAGUCACUUGAAAGCGUUCUUGCGUCACCGAGAGGAUGAAAAUCUACAGGCCAAAGCUGAGCGCGCUGAGCAAAAGAAGAAGGAAGCCGCCAAGAAGGAAACCAAAAAGGAAACAUCCCCAGAUCCCGCAGAACCUGUGAAGGAAGAAGAAGAAGAAGAGGAAACCGAAAAAGAAGCGGUAGAAGAAGUUGAAGAAGCGGAGGAAACUGAAGAAGCUGAAGAAGUUGGCGAAGACAAGCUGUGGGAAGAUGUUGACAAGGAUUUGGGUGAUCUGCUGCGUGAAGUUGGUCCUGAGGAUCAUGAUGGCGAAGAAGAAGAGGAGGAAGAUGAAUCCGUCCUAAAUAUAGAUAUUGAAAGUGAAAAGUCAAAACCGAACAAAGAACUGAACGGAAAGAAAGAAGAGUCUGCACCUGCAUCUACUCCCGCUGCUGCUGCUGCUGCUCCUACUCCUGCCGAAUCUGUUGUCGAAGAAGAAAAGCCCAAACCGAAGGAACCAUCCUCGACGCCGGUGGUGAAACUUAAAAAAGAAAAGGUCGAAACCAAGUCCAAUUCUACACCAAAAGCCGGUCCAGCUUCAUCGAAAACAAAUUCAACCACCAAGGCUGGCCCAGCCUCGUCUAAAAAAUCAUCUGCAGCAGCAGCUAAAGAAAAGAAGACAGAAGUUACCGCAGAAUAAAUAAAAAUGAAUGACUUGUAUUACUUUUUAAUUAUAUUAACUUAAUCAUUGUGCUAAGUAUUGGCGGCUUGAAACAAAACCGUAUUGUAUGUAACAUAAAAAAAAAGCAAAAAUAAAAAAAAAAUAAUCAAAGUAAGCCCUUCUACGGUAAUAAAGAAGAAGAGGAAGGUUAAUAAACUAUGAAUUUCAUUUUAACUCUGUUUAUAUCUAAGCCAACAAUUUUAAUAUUAUUAUUCAUUAAAUAAACACAAGUUGACUCAUA